CUCUAUCGCCUCGCCGCCGCCGCCCUUCCCCCCUGUCGGCGAACCGGUGAGGACUCCGCGUCCCUUUCGCGCCCCGAGCUUGACGCGCCGCUCGCUCGCCUCCGCGCUUACUGGGCCCUGGAGUUUCUAUCUUCCACUAGGGAUCCCAGGCGUGAUAUCUUUCCCAGGGAGGCGCCAGGGGCGAAGGCCAUGGGGGCGGAGCUGUGGCGCGACGACAUGGCGGUGGAGGCGGAGAAGCCCAUCCGCGACUCCGUGGCGUUCCGGCUCGUCGAGCACGUGCUCCAGUCCUUGCGGAUGCUCGCAUCUUCUUCCAUGGGACUGCUCGGGCAAAGGCAGGGCAUAUAGUGAUCAUAAAGGCAUCCUUCCUAUGGGGAGAAGACCUGGGGUUCUGGGGCCUUAUGGAGUUCUGGACCCCUUGAUAUACCGUGCUCACUUCUGUUGCGUUUAUUGAAGUCAAUUUGGGGAGCCAGUUCGAAAUUCAAGGCUGUUAUUGACGGUGAGGGAGACUGCCAGAUGGAUGUGCAGUGUGAGAGUUAGGGAAAUUGGAAGGAUCCGCUUCUGGUUGACCCAUAUGACAUGGAUCAAUAUAAUAAGAUGGUAAGCACUCUAGACACUAGCAAGAAAAAGACUCCUGAUGAAGAGGCUUUGUAUGUGACGACUUUGAAGGCAUUGUCAGAAGCAGUAUCCAAAAUAGACAUCACGUACCAUCAUUUGCUUUUGAACAAUAUAUUUACCGUCCGCAUCUGGUACUUGCAAAGAGAUACAUUGGAUGCUUUCUUAGACCUAAUAACCAGAUUGGCUGCAGUGGCAGAUCAGUAUCUCAGAGAAUGUUUGCAGAUGCUUGUGAACAACUUUACUCCGCCUCUUGUUCAACGCAAUGAGCUGCCUAGAUGGGCGGUUUCAAGGAAGAAGGAUAUUUUUUUUCAUCUGUGCGAGAGCUUGAAAACGAUCUCCAAUACUGUACCCUUAGCACCAAGGGUAUUAAGGGAUAUAAUAGAUCGGAGCAUGCCGAAGUUAUUUGAUAACAAAGCUAAGAUGGUCUCGUUUGUCGAAUGCAUGUUGGGGCUAGAUACUGACAGAAUGGGGGACCUUAUUGGGGCUACAUUGCUGGCAAAAGUUGUGGAUCUACUCACGGAGUUGGAUGUUAAUAUAACCUGGGAAGAUAUUAUUCAAGGGGAGCAUAACAAAGGUAUAUUUGAAAUGGAGCUUGAAGAUUUGGAUGAGGAUGAGGAUGGCCUUGGACAAGCGGGAACAAAGGUUCAUGUCCUUUUUGGAGGAAAUGCAUGUGCCGAAAAGCUUGACAGUUUAAUGGUUGUUGUAUGCGAGCACCUUAAGUCAUGUGCGGAGCGUGGGUAUCUAGAUAAGGAAUUUGACAUUCUGAAGACUAUAUUUCGAGCAUCUGUGCUGAGGGUGCACAGAUCAAAAUUUUGCCAGUUUAUCAUGUUCUAUGCCUGCUCACUGGAUCCUAAAAUCUGCGGUCUUGAAUUUGCUUUUUUUCUUACCGACAUUUUUUUGAACAAGGAAGAGGAUCCAAUUUCGAGAAUGUCUGCAGUUUCUUAUGUUGGAAGCUAUUUGUCUCGGGCAAGGUUUAUUUCCGCUGAUACGGUUCUUGGUAUACUCAAAAAAUUAUUGGACUGGUGCGAUGAAUAUUGUGUCCUUCAGAACAGAGGGACCACAGCCCAUCCGAAUCAUCAAAUAUUUUACGCGACCUGCCAGGCUGUGAUGUAUGUCCUUUGCUUUCGCUUGAGAUCUAUUAUGGAUUAUCCGAAUCUUAAAGCACAGCUUUUUCAAUUGUCUUUUGGAUUUAUCUUGAACCACCGACUGGAAGCUCUAAAGGUGUGCUUGCCGUCAAUAGUAAAUGAGUUCCUGAGACAGGCCAAGGAUGCCGGAUUGUUCGCUGCAUCCAUGUAUUCAGCAGCUGAAGAUGCAAUCGAAUCUGAUUUGUCCAGGGCUUUUGGAGGAAUCAAUAGACUUGACACCUUCUUCCCAUUUGAUCCUUACCUGCUAAAAGAAUCAGACAGAUAUAUCCGUCCGAAUUUUGAGUUCUGGUCCAUGGUCAAGACGACAUACAGCGACGACAAGGACGAUGACGAUGAUGAGCUGGAGGACCUUGAUGCCCCUGAAAUGAAGGUGGGCAGCUUGGACGAUCAUGUCGAAAUAGAUAUCAACAGCGACGACGACGAGCUGGAGUACUCGAUGAACAAGAUGUCUAUAACUCCGCACCGCUCUUUCUACCACGGGGUGGCCGCGGACGGCGAUGCUGGCCUCAGCAUGCCCGCGAGGAUCAGACCUUCGGCGAGCCCCCCGUCACGAUGGGCCAUGUCAGGAUCCCCGUAGGUUGAAGAGACAGCUGAGCCGACUGUACAACAAGGGUCCUUUGGUAGUUUGUGGAGUAAGGUCAAACGGCCCAUUCACUGGCAGUGUGUUAAAGCCCAACCAGGUACGAUUUUUUUGGGUUGAAAGUGUUAAGUGCAGAUGUUGUUAGAAAACGCCAGUUGUUGAGUGGCUGUGAGAUUAUAUAUGCUAGGAUGUAUGUACAUCUCCGAGAUGUAUGCGUAAGACGACCUGAUGUGGAAUGGUCCAUACUAACUGCAAGUGGCAAUGAUAAGCUGCCUGCCUGCCUGGUUAGCGCCACUGCUUUGCGGUCGUGUUGACUGUUGAGCAGUCUCCCCUCUCCC